AUGGCUAACCCAUCCAGUUUCAUACCCCAAAAAGUGGGGUUUCCUCAAGCUUUUGGCAGCACUCCAUAUCAACAUACCGCUCAAUUCUCACAAUUUGGACAACCACAGGCGCCUACGACGAAUCCACGAACAAAUGAGGUCCCAAGGAGUGCAUUUCAAGUCCCACCAACGUCUACGGCGCCGUCAGUAUUUCCACAAUUCCCUACUACUCCCAAUUACACACCAAAUGCGCAGAUGGUCAAUGGUUUUCCACAAAAUAAGAAUGUAAGUGGUUUCAGUAUUUUACCUUCAUGUUUGAAAAAAAAAACUUUUAUAACAACAACUAAGUAA